AAUCCAUUAAUAAAAUACAUAACCAGUAUACCGUAUGAAUAUUCAGAAAUUAUUCCUGACUAUGUUAUGAGUAAAACUUCAUGUAUUUUGUUUUUGUCACUUCGGUAUCAUCAAUUAAAUCCUGAUUACAUACAUGAUCGAUUAAAAACAUUAGGUUCUUCAUAUAAUCUUCGUAUUUUGCUAGUUCAAGUUGAUAUAGCAGAACCACAUCAUUCAUUAAAACAUCUUACAAAAAUUUGUAUACUGGCUGAUUUAACACUAAUGUUGGCAUGGAGUGCUGACGAGGCAGGUAAAAUGAUUGAAACAUAUAAAGUUUAUGAAAAUAAACCAGCAGAUAUGAUUAUGGAGCGGAGUGAUAUAUUACCUCAUCAAAAACUAAUAAAUGCUUUAACUACAGUUCGAUCAUUAAAUAAAACUGAUGCUUUGACACUUUUAUCAACAUUUGGAACAUUUAAUGCCAUAAUCAAGGCAUCACCUGAAUCAUUAAGUUUAUGUCCAGGAUUUGGAAAACAAAAAGCACAGCGAUUGCAUAAAAUUUUACAUGAACCAUUUUUGAGAGCUAAUAAUCAAAAUUUAAAAAACUAAAUU